AUGGAGAAUCUAGAAAAAUGGUAUCCGAUAGAGGUGACCACACACAACUUGCAUUUCCAUGAGGAAGCAUCCAUAUUCACAAUGCAUGGGAAUGAAGAGUUUAUAGCCACGGGAGGAGGGGAUAAGGAUAUAAGACUGUGGAGGGUGGAAAAAAGUGCAUCUAAGAACAAGGAUUUUUGUUAUACCACGGCAGCCAACUCCUCUAUAAAGAUAAGAUAUCACACAGUACUUUCUGGACAUCACAGGAGCGUUAAUUGUGUCAGAUUUCAAGGGGAUCUAUUAGCAUCUUGUUCCGAUGGUGGAGAAGUCAUCUUGUGGAGCGGAGAAAAGCCGCAUGUAGUCCGAAGGAUUGAUGGAGAUGAUGCAUAUGAGCUUGUCUGGGGAAAUGGGCAUCUCUUUGUUGGGUUUUCCAGCGGAAACAUAUUGGUGUACCAGGUGACUCUGAACAACGAAUCUCUUAGAGGGGACGAAAACCAUUCCAACUCGAGAGCUUCAAAGGACGAGGAUGAGAAAAAGAAAGAUUGGAGCCAGGAGAUAUCUACCAAGUUGGUGCAGAAGGUACAAUGCCAUGGAGAUAUAAUACAGGGAUUGGCAUUUAACCAUCGCUUUGGAGUCCUAACAUCUUUAAGCAAAGACCGCACGGGAAGGACGUUUGUGUUUACCGACAAGCUUGUUGCAAUAGAGAAAAUGGAAUAUGUUGAUGGAGAGAGGCUCUUUACAGCGGGAAGAGGCUUCUUUAGAAGGUUUUCAUACUCUCCAGAUGGGAAACUUUUAUAUCUUGCAUGCUGCAAAUCCAACACUGUUGCUGUACUUCACUAUCCAUUCCGAAUGGAGCACAUGUAUGGAACAAUGGGACCCUUUGACUCGGAACCUUUGAGAAUAAUGUGUGAUGAAAAUAAGGUGUUUAUUGCAACCAAGAAGAACUUGUAUGUGUUUGCGGAUCAGAAGCUGGAGUUCUGUGUAGAAAACAUUUCCUUUAUGACCAUAACAGAUGGAUGGGUGUUUGAUGGAAUUUGCUUUCUGUGUUCCUUGGACGGAUUUCUGUCAUCGUUGAGCAUGAAAAGAUGA